CCCGGCUCCCGGUCCAGCGCUCGCUCGCCCGCCCGCCGGCUGCUGCCUGGGACCCUGGCGUCCGGCUCCCCAGGGCCAGGACUCCGCGUCGCGGACCCGCGAUGGCCAAGCGCAGCUCGCUGUCCAUCCGCAUCGUGGAGGGGAAGAACCUGCCCGCCAAGGACAUCACCGGCAGCAGCGACCCCUACUGCAUCGUGAAGGUGGACCACGAGCCCAUCAUCAGGACAGCCACUGUGUGGAAGACCCUAUGCCCCUUCUGGGGCGAGGAGUAUCAGGUGCACCUGCCGCCCACCUUCCACUCAGUGGCCUUCUACGUCAUGGACGAGGAUGCCCUCAGCCGGGAUGACGUCAUCGGGAAGGUCUGCCUUACCAGGGAAACCCUGGCCACUCACCCUAAGGGUUUCAGCGGGUGGGCCCACCUGAUGGAGGUCGACCCCGAUGAGGAGGUGCAGGGCGAGAUCCACCUGCGGCUGGAAGUGGUGCCAGGGACCCGGGCCUGCCGGCUGCGCUGCUCUGUGCUGGAAGCCAGGGACCUAGCCCCCAAGGACCGGAAUGGUGCAUCGGACCCCUUUGUCCGAGUGCGCUACAAUGGCCGCACGCAGGAGACCUCGAUCGUGAAGAAGUCACGCUACCCACGCUGGAAUGAGACGUUUGAGUUCGAGCUGGAGGAGGGGGCAGCAGAGGUGCUGUGCGUGGAGGCCUGGGACUGGGACCUUGUCAGCCGCAAUGACUUCCUGGGCAAAGUGGUGUUCAAUGUCCAGAGACUCCGAGCAGCCCAGCCGGAGGAGGGCUGGUUCCGGCUGCAGCCCGAUCAGUCCAAGCGUCGGCGGGAAGAGGGCAACCUGGGCUCCUUGCAGCUGGAGGUGCGGCUGCGGGAUGAGACGGUGCUGCCUUCCAGCUGCUACCAGCCCCUGGUGCAGCUGUUGUGCCGUGAGGUGGAGCUGGGCACCCAGGGCCCAAGGCAGCUGAUCCCACUCAUCGAGGAGACGACAAGCACAGAGUGCCGCCAGGACGUGGCCACCACCCUGCUCAAGCUCUUCCUGGCGCAGGGACUGGCCAAAGACUUCCUGGACCUGCUCUUUCAGCUGGAGCUGGGUCGCACCAGUGAGGCCAACACCCUGUUCCGGAGCAAUUCUCUGGCCUCCAAGUCCAUGGAGUCUUUUCUGAAGGUGGCUGGGAUGCGGUACCUGCACGGCGUCCUGGGCCCCAUCAUUGACAGGGUGUUUGAGGAGAAGAAGUACGUGGAGCUGGACCCCAGCAAGGUGGAAGUCAAGGAUGUAGGGUGCUCCGGGCUGCACCGCCCGCAGACCGAGGCCGAGGUGCUGGAGCAGAGCGCGCAGACGCUGCGCGCCCACCUGGGGGCGCUGUUGAGCUCGCUGAGCCGCUCGGUUCGCUCCUGCCCCGCGGUGAUCCGCGCCACCUUCCGCCAGCUCUUCCGGCGCGUGCGCGAGCGCUUCCCCAGCGCCCAGGACGAGAACGUGCCCUUCAUCGCCGUCACCAGCUUCCUGUGCCUGCGCUUCAUCUCUCCCGCCAUCAUGGCGCCCAAGCUCUUCCACCUGCGGGAGCGGCACGCGGACGCCCGCACCAGCCGCACCCUGCUCCUGCUGGCCAAGGCGGUCCAGAACGUGGGCAACAUGGACACGCCAGCUUCCAGGGCUAAGGAGGCUUGGAUGGAACCGCUGCAGACCACGGUGCGCCAGGGCGUGGCCCAGAUGAAGGACUUCAUCACCAAGUUGGUGGACAUCCAGGAGAAAGAGGAGCUGGACCUGCAGCGGGCCCUGAGCUUGCAGGCACCGCCCGUGAAGGAGGGGCCGCUCUUCAUCCACAGGACCAAGGGCAAGGGCCCCCUCAUGUCCUCCUUCAAGAAGCUCCACGUCUCCCUCACCACGGAGGCCCUCAGCUUUGCCAAGACACCCAGCUCCAAGAAAAGCACCCUCAUCAGGCUCGCCAACAUCCGGGCAGCAGAAAAGGUGGAGGAGAAGAGCUUUGGCAGCUCCCACGUCAUGCAGGUCAUCUACACGGAUGACGCGGGCAGGCUCCAGACCACCUACCUGCAGUGCAAGUGUGUGAACGAGCUGAACCAGUGGCUCUCUGCACUGCGGAAGGUCAGCAUCAACAACACCAGCCUGCUGGGCUCCUACCACCCUGGCGUCUUCCGCGGUGACAAGUGGAGCUGCUGCCACCAGAGGGACAAGACAGAUCUGGGUUGCGACAAGACGCGGUCCCGGGUGACCCUGCAGGAGUGGAAUGACCCUCUCGACCACGACCUGGAGGCUCAGCUCAUCUACCGGCACCUGCUGGGUGUGGAGGCCACACUGCGGGAGAAGCACCGACAGCUGAGUGCGGGCCCAGAGGCAGGCCCUGUGCUCACGGGCCCUGGCGGAGCCCCUGAGGACCCACUGGCCCAGCUGCUGCAGGUGCUGCAGGACCUCCGGGAGGCCCAUAGAUCCAGCCCAGCUGCCUCCCCGCCCUUGGAGCCCAGCCGUGUCCUGGAGCUGCAGACGUGAGGCCACCCACACGCCACGCCAAGCCCCACCAGGUGCUGGGAGACCCCCGUGCACUCUCAGCUCUUCACCUCGGUCCCUCUCGUUGGGGUGCAGGGCCUGGGUCUCUCCUGGGCUGAGUGAGCUGGGGGAGCCAGGAGCCCAGAGGACCAGGGGGUCCUGAAGUCCAGAGCUGACAUGGCUUUGGCCCGUCAUCACCCACCUGACUUCUCCAGGGGCUUCGGGAGCUCCUGCUCCUCUGUGAGUCCUGGCUGCUCCCCGCCUCCCCCACACCCAUUGCCACCACUAGUCCAGACUCCCCAGGGACCUGCCUCUCCUGCCCAGAGCACAUCCAGCCAGAAACCACCCCUAGGGUGGUCCACACCGAGAUGGACUGAUGCUUCUUGGACCCGGAGAGGCAGGAGGGAACACGGACCCCAGGAGACGAGGCCUGGACCUCAGCACCGCCUUUGCUCCCGGCCACUACCCCACCUGCUCCCCUCACGGCCUUGGCUGUGCCCCCUGGGAGAGUGUCGCGGUGCUCUAUUGCCAACAAUAAACCUGCUGUGACUGCAGAGGCUCUGGGAUCUUGUGAUGGGGGUCAGCUGCUGGUGGGGGUGGCCAAGGACCAGCCAUCCAUCCCCACGGCCCC